AUGGGAAAGGGUUUUAAGAACGACUGGGUCUACGUCUCAGUGCCACUCGUCAACUACGACGAACAAGUGCCGUUUACCACCCCUAAAGCAGAUCCCAACGGGUUACAACAACAACAACAUGAAACUCCAUGUUAUGUGCGCUUGUCUUUUGAUACCCGUCCAGAACUCUUGGUGCAACUCUUUACAAAAGAAUGGAAUCUGGAACUGCCUAAAUUACUUAUAACUGUACAAGGUGGCAAAGCCAAUUUUGAACUGCAACCAAAGCUGAAAAAGGAAAUUCGUAAAGGUUUAUUAAAAGCUGCCAAAACAACGGGUGCUUGGAUUUUCACUGGCGGCACAAAUACAGGUGUUACGAAACAAGUUGGAGAUGCGUUGUUAUUGGAGGGCCAACAGCGUUCCGGACGUGUUGUUAGCAUUGGUAUUGCACCGUGGGGCAUUGUGGAACGUAAUCAUGAGUUACUCGGCCAUAAUCGUGAGGUGCCUUGUCAUAGCAUAAGUUCCCCCAGAUCAAAGCUAGCUGUGUUGAAUAAUCGUCAUGCAUACUUCUUGUUGGUAGACAAUGGCACACAAGCCAAAUAUGGCGCCGAAUUGAUACUAAGAAGAAAAUUGGAAAAAUUCAUCUCAAAUCUAAAACUACAUCCAUUUACACAUUCCAGCACACCCGUGGUUUGUCUUGUCAUCGAAGGAGGUACGAAUACUAUACGUGCAGUGCUCGAGUACGUGACAGAUACGCCGCCGGUACCUGUUGUGGUAUGUGACGGUUCUGGUCGUGCUGCCGAUUUAAUCGCUUUUGUGCAUAAAUAUGCGUCAGAUGGUGAUGAGCAGCCUGUGCUGGAGUCCAUGCGGGAUUACUUAAUUGGCACAAUACAAAAAACUUUCGAAGUUGCCAUGGAUCAGGCCGAAAAACUUUAUCAGGAACUUUUGCAGUGUACACGCAAUAAAAAUUUGAUUACAGUUUUCCGUAUACAAGAGAAGCCCGAAGGCGAAGCGCAAGAAUUGGAUCAAACUAUACUAACCGCACUGUUUAAGUCACAGCACUUAAGUCCACCGGAACAGCUUAGUCUGGCGUUAACUUGGAAUCGUGUUGAUAUCGCACGUAGUGAGAUUUUUGUCUAUGGACAGGAAUGGCCACACGGUGCCUUGGAUGAAGCGAUGAUGCAGGCACUUGAACACGACAGAAUCGAUUUUGUUAAACUGCUUUUGGAAAAUGGUGUCUCAAUGAAAAAAUUCUUAACAAUACCAAGACUUGAAGAGUUGUACAAUACAAAGCACGGCCCUGCGAAUACUCUGGGUUACAUACUACGCGAUGUUCGUCCACAUAUUCCAAAAGGUUAUAUAUACACCUUACAUGAUAUUGGUUUGGUUAUAAACAAACUAAUGGGUGGCGCUUACAGGUCCUAUUAUACGCGCCGAAAAUUUCGUCCUAUUUACGCAAAAGUUAUGAAUAGUUAUGCCAAUGCACAUCGUAAAUCCUCUACAUAUCAAAGAUGUGCCGGAGCAAAUUCAUUGAGUUUGGUCACAGGACUGUUGCCCUUUACAUCGGAAAUGGCACUUUUUGAGUUUCCAUUCAAUGAACUCUUGAUUUGGGCUGUGUUAACGAAACGUCAACAAAUGGCACUGCUAAUGUGGACUCAUGGUGAGGAGGCGUUAGCCAAAUCACUGGUUGCCUGCAAAUUGUACAAAGCCAUGGCACAUGAAGCAGCUGAGGAUGAUUUAGAUACGGAAAUUUACGAUGAAUUGCGUGCAUACGCCAAAGAAUUCGAAAGCAAAGGUAUCAAAUUACUGGAUUUUAGCUAUCGUACAGAUGCAGAAAAAGCGCAACGUUUAUUGACAUGCGAACUACAUUCAUGGUCAAAUCAAAGUUGUCUCUCAUUAGCAGUCGCUGCCAACCAUCGUGCACUUUUAGCGCAUCCUUGCAGUCAAGUUAUAUUAGCGGAUCUCUGGAUGGGUGGCCUACGUACACGAAAAAAUACAAAUUUAAAGGUUAUUUUGGGUUUAGUUAUGCCAUUUUAUAUAAAAUGCCUCGACUUUAAAACAAAAGAAGAGCUGCAGCAAAUGCCACAAACUGAAGAAGAGCACUUGGAAAAUCAAAAUUUAGAUAAUGACGAUUCAGAUCGCUCACAUCCUGAUGCAGAGAAUGCUCUUACAAAAGCGAAAAGAACUAUUUCAAUGAAAUGUAGGAUGACGAGUAACAAUAAUCCCGAAAAGGUAGUAAAUCCAAAAUAA